AUGGCGUGGUCAAGUCCUUUGGAAGUCAUCUUUCUGUCGGUCAAUCACAGCAUCACCUUCGUGGGAAAGGUGUGGCUCGUCGUGAUGAUCUUUUUACGCGUCCUCAUCCUCCUUUUUGCCGGUUACCCUCUUUACCAGGACGAGCAAGAGCGAUUCGUUUGCAACACCAUUCAACCGGGAUGCGCCAACGUGUGCUACGAUAUCUACUCCCCCGUCUCUCUUCUCCGCUUCUGGCUGGCGCAGCUGGUCACCCUAUGUCUGCCCUAUGUUGUCUUUACCAUCUACGUGGUCCAUAAGGUGUCAAACAGCCUCACUGUGGUCAUCGGCGCCCGUAGUCCAGGUAAAACCGUACCGCUCUACAAGAUCCAGCAGGAACUGUCCACAAAGAAGAUGGAGGAGCGAGGGUGGGUUCAAGGCUUCACCGGAGCCUACAUCCUCCAGCUGAUAUUCAGGACUUUGCUGGAGGCAGGGUUUGGGGCGGCUCACUACUAUAUGUUUGGGUUCUACGUCCCCAGGAGGUUUCUGUGCCAGAACCCUCCAUGUACCACCCAAGUAGAUUGCUACAUCUCUAGACCCACAGAGAAGACCGUGACGCUCAACUUCAUGCUCGGCGUGGCGGCGCUGUCCCUUUCCCUGAACAUUCUGGACUUCAUCUGCGCUAUUAAACGUCACGUGAGACCGAAGCAAAGGACAAAGGUGAUAGGGGAUGUUUAUGAGGAUGAGCAUGGAGAUCUAAACUCUUCCCAAGCUCUAGAAGUCCAGGCUGAUCAAAGAGGAAGUUUCCGGAAGAGACACGUCAGCAGAGGUUCUUCUAAAGGGAUCGAAUCAAGUCAGAAUGCGACCUCUGUCCCUCGUCCCUUGGAACCUCUGGGCUGCAACACCAACGGGAACGACGGCUACUCCGCUUCCCAAGAGGAAACUCCGGAAAAACACGGCAGCGAGGUGGCGCUCUGUCCCUUAGAACCGACGGGGACCCCGAAAGCCAUUUGUGUCAAUAAACGCAGCAGGCUCAAACCUCCGCCGCCCCCGAGACGGGACUUGGCGUACCGCCCCGCGCUUUUACCGAGGCCCGUCCAAGGUGAUCCUGUGGCAACAGCGGCAUGCACCAGGAGGAUUGGUCAGUACACGCUGGUGGAGCUGGGGGGCGGGUCUGACCUUUCUAACCAAGACGGUCAGGAGAAAAGAUCAGAGUGGGUGUGACUUAUUUUCUUUAUUUGCAAGGUUGUCAUUGGAGAGGCGAAUAGACGCGAGUGCCAGGGUCCGUAGAAACAACUGUUGGAUCGGCGCCCGGCUACCUCGUCGUCGUGCUUAGUCCAAGAUCAUGUUGCCUUCUUACGAUGUACAAUGUCUGGAGUGAAAAGGUGUGACCUUGA